AUGGGGCUGGACACGCCCUCCGCGUCGGUGCUGCCUGCGCUGGACCCCGGACGUGUCACUGCGACUGCCACCACUGCGACGCCGACACCGACACUGAACAAUGCCGACAAAGACUCAACACUUUUGCUUCCUCAUACCUCCAUGGUCGCCGCCACCAUGCGACAAGCCUCCACUGCUCUACCGUUGACUGUCGACAAGGAGACGCGACCAGCGACCACCAGCUCCCACGACGCGACCGACUAUCGCGUCCCAAGUUAUCCGCAUCCCCAUUCUCACCAGCCGUCGGCACCCGCGCCUACCAAUCCCACCGUCCGACACCCGGCUCCCGAGGCGCCCCGUCUCUACAACCCUCGACCGUCCGAAUACCCUCCGGCCAAUACCGGCAGUGCCAAUGUAGCUCCCUACGACAGCUCUAGUCGCUUCCAACCUCCUCCGCCGUCCCAACGUCACCGCCUCCCGCACUCCCUCAGCGUCUCGCAAGCGACAAGUUCCACUAACGACGCUGACUUGGUGUUUACCCCGCCCUCAAGCGAAGGUGGACGAAGCCCCAGCAAGCCCAACAGCCACGACUCGAGCCAGGAUUCACAGUUGCUGCAGCUUUCCCAGAUUGCUGCCGCCCAGGAAAGGAUACCUGAGAAUGGGAAUGCUUUGUCGAGGAAGCGCAUGGCCGACGGAAUGGUCAAGCCCACAUACGAAAGACCCAGCCCAUCUCCCGCGGGCACGGCUAGUCACACAAGGAACACAAGCGCCGUCAGUAUGGCUUCCACUGCCACCAGCCGACUUGGAGAGCUCUCUGCCGAGCUCAAGACUCGUCUUUCAUACGCAAUGGUCAAGGUCAACAAUGGAUGGCAAUCCCACUCGAUUGACCAAGUCGAGUCGCUGGCUUCCUGUGCCGGUUCCCCUGCCUCGAGCAACUCCACCGUACACAUGAGGAACGGGUCGUCUGCCAGCCCACAACUUUUGAACCUCCAACGCAGAGGCAGCCACGUCAGCAUGGCUCCCGGUGGCUCUCAACAAUACCCAACAUCAUCCCAGCAAUAUCCAUCCGGGUCUCAGCAGCAUCCGCCGAGUUCGCAACAACAUCCGUCAGGGUCCCAACAACAGCACAGCCAAGGGCGGCCGGUUGAGGGUCCUUAUGCUAGGGAAUCAGGUCACUUUGCUCCUCGUUAUAACCCAAGUUCGCAAGCUGAACCUAUUCCUUCUGUUACUCUUGCUCCUCCCGCCCCUAUUCAGCCAACAAGACAGCAAUUUCAGCAUCCUCGAAGGAACUCGGUAUCACGAAACACACAGGCUUUUCUGGCUAUCAACCACCAGCCACCACCCCAACAAGGACUAAACACAGCUGGGCAACCCAAUCCUUACCUAACAACACAUCAUCAUCGGACAUCGCUAAUGGAUCCGCCAAUGUAUCCUCCACAUCAGAACGUCCGGGAACAAGACGCCAUAGAAUCUUUGCUCUUCAUGAGUAGUCCCGGUAACUCUGCUAACCUCAAACACGGCUUUCCCUCUUCAUCGCAACCACUAGCGUCCUCGCAACCAUCACUAACAUCAUCACAAUCACAACCUCUGCCAUCCGGCCACGCACAACCGUCACAACAACGAACCGCCUUGCCAAGCUCACAACCACGGAAAAGCCUACCCUCAGCAAGACCGACAAACCACCCACGCGCUCACCAAACGCAGUCUCAGCCCACCCAGCAAAAACGAGUAGGCUUCCAAAAAUCUCCCAACGCCAUGGACAUCGAUGACGGUACCUACGGCGUCUCGCAGUACAGUAAUAACACCCACAACAUGAACAACACCAGCCGAGGUACGCCGCGGAAGAGGGGAGGAUACAACGGCCAUGCUAGCGCUGCUGGUGGGGGCGAGGCACAACAACAACACGCACACGGACAUGGACACGCACACGCACAUGCACCGAUACAAAAGUUGAAGCAGAUGCCCGUAUCCUCGGGACUCACGGUACCUUCACGGCCGUCACAACAACGCACAGGUCUGAAAGAAGAGGAUAUUGAUCGGAUGUUGGAGCUCGCGGCUGCAAGGGAGAGGAGAGACUCUGAUUCGGAAGGGGAGAUUCAGAUCCCGGUAUCGCGGGGGCGCCGGGAGGGCGCUGCAGGUAUUGUCCGGGCUUAG